AUUACAGUACCUAUUACCCAACCGGCCCGGGCCAGCGACCUCGUCUACACAUGUCUCCGUAAACGCAAGAUAGGAGACGUCGUGGGUAGGUACCACGUAAUUCGCCAGACCCUCUUCACUUCGCACGACUGAACAGUGAGCACUCUCAUCCGGCAGGGUGCAGCUGAGAGCCUGAAGCCCAAUCUUCCCCGCAGCGAAAGUGCCUACGCCAAGCUCAAAACAGCAUACCUUAGCGAUCAAUAGCGCAAACCUUAUCAAACCAAUAUCGGUUCCGCCUCAGCCGCAAUGUCACGAUGCUCCCGACGCCCCGGCCCUAACCAGCUCGGGCGCGAGUGAGGCAGAAUGUGUCCGAGCCUCCCUACCAGGGGCUGCACAGUAUAAAGCCAUGGAAGCCAAGACGAGCGUUGGCCGCCCUCUCCCCCUUCCCGCCUUGGCCCUGCAGAGAAUCAGCGCCUCGUUUGCCAGUGCUCCUCAUAAUACGCCUCUCAAAUGCGUUGCCAACUCGCUCUCUCGGGCGCUCUUGCGGGCUUGCUCGCCCAAGUAGCCACCGCGACAACAUGCACCCCGGACAACGCGACCCCCGUUGAGUCUUUGGUCUCGUCUGGCGGAGGCGGCAGUGGCGGCGGGGGCGCCGAUAUCUUCGUCUCGUACAACCCGUUCGACGUGAUCAGCAACGCGGUCAAGAAGCGCACGACGCCCGACGCCCGGCUCGGCAACAUGGCCAACAUCCUGGUCGUCUCGCGCCGCGACAGCGCCAGCUCGGUGACCUGCGCCGCGACCGAGAUGUGUCUCUCGAUCCAGAAGUACCCCUUCUGCCUCGAUCUGACCAACGGCGACUUCCACGACGGCACGGGAAUCACAGGCAACGCCCUCUCGGGCGACUACACGCUCGCCGACGGCCGCAAGGGCAACCUGUACAACGGGCCGUAUCCGCAGCCGACCGGGGCGGGCGGUGCCAGUGCCCCGGCCACGACGGCGGCGGCGGCCUCGGCGGCAGGUGGUGCUGGUAGUGGUGAUGGUGGUGAUGCCGCCGAGUCUGCGACAGCAUCGCCCGGAACAGGCACCGGGGCGGCUGCUGGGGCUUCUCCGACGUCGACGGGGAAUAGCGGCCCGGCUGCUACCGGAAUAUUGCCCGGGAAGAAUGAUGCUGCCCCUCGAGCGGUUGGUGUCGCGGUCUUUGGGAGUGCCAUGGCGGUGUUGGGCGCUGUCUUGCUGCUCUAAUCUUGUUAUGUCUGCCCUAUUAGCUCAUGAAUUCACUACCCAGCCGGGCGAGCCCACCCUAGCCACAUGGCAUUCAUACACAUUAAGUAUGUCAAGGUAACGGGGUCAACACAGGUUGCAUUCCUUGCUUGAGGGAGGUCUAGAGCCCCUUGGGGACAUUGGGUCCUCAUGUACAAUACCGUACAAUAUAUGGAGAGGCUGGUUUUCCGUCUCCUGCCCCUAUUAUUGCCGUUACUAGGCUUUCAGUAUGGUCUUUACCCCUGAUUUCAGCAAAGGUCGUCACUUGCAUUUCUAUACCAUUCAGAUACGGGCUUUUUUGUUAUGGCAUAUACCAUGCAUCUACUUAGUACUACUAGUAGUACCUCGUCUACCUGAUUAGGUAAAGAAAGAACAAAGAAUCUUUGUCAGAGCAUACAGAUCAGAUUCCUAGGACCAGUAUGUUUAGUACUACGAG